ACAACAAUUAUAAACAUGAAAUCUAUUAGUUAACAGCAACAACAAUUAACUUAACAACGAUAAAAGGUAUUAAACAAAUAGUAAGUUGAUCUAGUUUUCAAUUUGUUAAUUCUUGUUCCGGUUCAUCAGUGAUAAUUCAUGGAUUCGGUUAAUUGUUACAAUCAACAAUUCGCGGUCGCGAAUUUAAAUUUGUUACUUUAACGAAAGGGCGUGAAAAACAAAAGUUCUAACUCGUUUUCGAGUUAGUACAUUUCGAUAUUUCGAUACUUUCACUCUCUCUCUCGCUCUCUCUUUUUUUCCUUGAUUACACUUUGCAAAUUUCGUUGUCACUUCACAUUUUGUUUACCACCGAGUGAGUGUGUGUGUGUGUUUAUGUGAUUUAUAUUGUCCAUUGGUGCUCAUUAUAUGAACACACACCAACCAAUUCACCACCGCGAAUGAGAUUAAUCAACAAGCUUCAUUUGUGUAAUUUACCCUUUAACCCUAACCAAGUUAAUACCUUGACUUUGAAAAGCAAGGAUAGUUACUUAAUUGCAAUUGGCUUAUUGAUUCUCGAAUCAACUAAUUUAAUGUUCAACAAUCAGUGAUUAUAAUCAACAUUCAUCUAAAUUAUUCAAUUGGAUUCUCUCUACAUGUGAUUAAAUUGUGUAUCAAUAUUUAACUGUUUCAUUUGGUUCUUAUAUUGAUCAAUAAGAAAGGAUUUUCAUCUCGCUCAUUAAUUAAUCAACUUUUUCUCACUCGAAAUAAUAAAACUUGGAAAUUAUAUUAACAACUAAUAACAAUCAAUUGAUUAACUAUGCCCAUGAAAACUGAUUCAGAUUUUUUCACCAAAAAUAACAACAAUCAAAGUGCUAAUCAAGUUAAUUGUGUUAAACUUUUACUUAUUAUGGUGAUCACAUUAUCCCUUGUUAAUUUGAUUCAUUGUUAUGAUCGUUGUGAUUGUGGACGAACCGGAAUCCAAAGGCGUGUCUUUGGUGGUAAUGAAACAUAUAACAACCAAUACCCAUGGAUGGCUCAUCUCAGAUUUUAUGAUCACGUUGGAUCAACUCAAUACGGUUUAUGUGGUGGGUCAUUGAUUGACCAUCAGCACAUUGUGACCGCAGCCCAUUGUGUCCAUGACGCUUCGGGUAACCCUCGAAACGUUGACGCAGUCCAUGUUUACCUUGGUGCCCAUAAUCUGUACCAUUUACCGAAAGUCCGUCGAGUUGAGAAAUUUAUUCUACCCAAGAAUUACAACUUCGAAAGGCCAGUUCACAAUGAUUUUGCCGUUCUCCGUUUAACCAAACCGGUCAAGUUUAACGAUAAAGUUUCACCCAUUUGUAUACCAAAGACGGACGAUGAACCCUAUCGGAAACUCAGGGUAGCCGGUUGGGGUCAUCUAGGUCCAAAUCAAAAGACGGCAAAGAUAUUACAACACGUUGACGUUUAUCACGUAAAAAAUAAUAAAUGCUACGAGAUGGUCAAGGAUUAUAUCUACAGUAACUACGCUGUUGUCCGUCGUAAUCCGGAAAAGUAUAAGAUCCCUCCGAUCCACGAGAAUCAUAUGUGUGCCGUUGACGGAAACACCGGUGGUGACGCUUGUCAAGGCGAUUCGGGUGGACCAUUAAUGUACCUUAAUCCAGGUAACAAUCGCUUCUAUCUGAUAGGUAUUGUAUCGGGUGCUUAUGAUCAAUGUGGUGAUAAACAUACACCCGGUUUCUAUACGCUGGUUCGUAACUUUAGAUACAUGGUCAGAGAUUUAGCACCAAAUAGUCAUAUUUGUCAUUAUUAGAUCAACAAUUAACUAAUUUAGCGCAAACAAUUAACAUCUCAUCAAAUAUUGAACAUUUUUUUUUUCAUUCACAUUUGUUUCCUGGAUUAAACUAAUCGUGACAAUUUAAUAAUCUCUUGUAUAAUAGUAAUUUGUACAUCAAUAUUUCCAACAAUUAAUAAUUGUUAAUUGUAAACCUUGAGACAAUUUUUUUUUCUGUUUAAAUCUAAUUGUAAACUUUAUAUACAUGUAUAAAUUAAAGCAACUAUUUAUUAAUUGAUUUUCAUUCUGCAAUCAUUAUUAUCCUUUUGAUUGUGAUUAGAUUGUUGAUUGUUGAUUGAUCGUGGAUCCAAUCACAUAUCCUGGUUGAUAGAUUGUCGUGUUGGUCAACUUUUGUUGCUACGAU